AUGCACUUCACAACACUUGUCGCCCUCCUUCCUGCCCUUGCCCUGGCACAGGAGCAGGUUCCUCUCGCCGACCGCGUGCAGGGAUGGUUCAACAAGGCCAAGUCCUAUGUGCCCACUGCUGUCCCCGCUGAGCCUAUCGUGAAGCUGUCCGAGAAGGUCGCGGAGAAGCAUGUCACUACCCUGAACCUGGAGAACUGGGAGUCUGUCCUGGCUCCUGCCCAGGAGCCUGAGGACUGGCUCAUCUUUGUGACUGGUGGAAACAAGACCUGCUUCGGUCGCUGUGGUCACGCUACUGAUGCAUUCCAAGAAUCCGUCUCCCUCUUCGCCGCUGAUCCUAUAUCCCCUAACCUCGGUCUGCUGGACUGUGAGGAGAACCGUAUCCUCUGCUCCAUCUGGUCUGCUGGUGCUCCCACCGUCUACUACUUCCAGAAGCCUGCGGCCCAGCUGGAAGGUCGCGCCCCUACCCCCUUGCACAUCAUCUACAUGAACGCCACCACCGUGACUCCCCAGGAGCUGUACGAGAUUCACUCCGAGAAGAACUUCGAGAAGGUUGAGAAGUACGAUGGCGCCAUGCACCCUCUUGACAGCUGGCUCGCUCAGAACAAGCUGAACAUCCCCAUCGGCUGGGCUCUCUACGGAAUCAGUGUUGUUCCUAGCUGGAUGUUCAUGAUUGGUAUCAGUUUCUUCAGCCGGACCUUCAUGGGUCGCCGUAUGGGCAACAUCGGCACACAGCCACCUCGCGCCGCUCCUGCUGGAAGCGCCAACUAA